CCAUGUAGCUAGAUCUGAUAUGUAAAGAUAGCCACGUGAGACUAAUUAGAUUAGGUGCGUGCGUUUGUGUGUGUGUGUGUGUGAGUGUGUGUGUGUACCCGAUGGACGAGUCUUCUCGUUGUGAAGGGAUUGAUGUGGAAACCAAAUCACUUUCUUUAGGUUUUCCCCCUCCGCAUCUUCUUCAAAAAGCUGCCGAAGGAUUGCAACAGGCGACCAUCCAUGCCAUGAAAUUGGAAAGGUCAAGUGAUUUGAUGUCGUACGGUCCACUUGAAGGCGAACGUACUUAUCGUGAGGAGUUGGCCAAAUUUCUGAGCAAAGAAUACGAAGAUCAUGUUGAUAGUGACAGUUUGUUUCCUACGUCUGGAGCAUCCCAGGGCUUAUAUAUGUUGGCAUCACAAUACUUUCAAGCUGGAGAUCUGGUGUUUGUUGAAGAGCUGUCUUUCUUUGCAGCAGUGGAGGUGCUAGGAAGGGAUCUGAAACUGCAAGUCGUAUCAGUCCCUAUGGAUGAAAACGGUAUCAAAACAACCGUGCUACAGAAACUUGUAAGUGAGAAGUUAUCAACAAACAAGGGGAAAGCAGGGAUGACAUUCAGAGCAAUGGUUUAUCUAAUUACAAUCUAUCACAAUCCAACUGGAAUAUGCUUAUCAAAAGAUCGAUGUCAUGAAAUAGUCGAAAUUGCUAGGAAGAAUGAUUUACUAGUUGUAUGCGACGAUGUUUACCAUUUGUUGCAUCUGAAUGGUGUGGUCCAUCCUCGGUUGUACUCAUAUGACAAAUGGACUGAUUCUGUCGAUGGUGGGCAUGUUGUAUCCAAUGGAACAUUUUCUAAAAUUUUUGCUCCAGGAAUACGACUGGGGUGGAUAGAAGGUCCACGACAUGUGUUGAAUAGGCUUCAGCAGAGUGGUUGGUCCUGGAGUGGUGGUGGUCAAAGUCACUUUAUGUCAGGAGUGAUUGCAGCUGUGCUGCAACUUGGACUUCAGUAUUCUCUUCUUAAAGAAGCCAGGGAACUUUACAAGAGGAAUGCUGACAGUGUAUGUGAGAUUUUUGAAGACCUUUUGCCUUCUUCCAUCAAGUUUAUAAAGCCGGAAGGAGGAUUCUUUGUUUGGCUUCAACUGCCAGAACCUCUUUGUGCUGCAGAUCUUCUUGAAAUAUGUAGGAAAGAAGAUGUUAGCUUUUGUCCUGGGGAAGUUUUCAGCGUUGAAAGACUACACAGGAACUGUUUACGCAUUUGCUACAGCAAUCUUACUCACAAUGAGGUCAUGGAAGACGUGAAAAAGCUUGUGCGAUGUCUCCAAACAGUGGUACCAGUAAAGACACCAAGCUGUUGACUUCAGCAAUUGAUGAAAGAAAUUUAUCAGGCAAACCUCUAGCUGUAGUACUAAUAUUGUAGCUAGUCUGUUGCUAAGAGAGUUGUUAUUCACUA